AUGGCUUCCAUAAUUUCGGCGACCAAAUACCCUUCUUCCAGGCGAACGCCUUCGUUCUCUUCGUCUUCAUCUUCUUCGUCGUCAUCAGCAACAUUAUCAUCAUCGUAUUUUCAAGACGAUUCGCCUCUUAGUCCGGUGGUUCCGGUCCGGUUUUCAGGCGUACCAUUUUCUUGGGAACGUUUACCAGGGAUACCUAAGAAGCUACAAAACCACAAGAAUAAAGAAUCCAUCAAGUUGCUGCCAUUGCCACCACCAGCUACUCCACCGACCUCCAGGAAGAGCAUUUUGAGGAAGUUGCUAUCUCGGAAGAAAACUUCCACUGCCUCCACCGUGGCUCCCGUCGGUGCUGAGAUCUUCCGGAAGGACCCGUUUUUCACGGCGUUGGUUGAAUGUUCCAAGGAUGACGACGACGAUGAAAACAAAUCGUGGAGAGCAGCAGGAGCUAAGGUUACAAGGAGUAUCAGUGAUAGGUUCGGAUUCGGUAAUCUUUGUUUCAAAAAAAGUUAUUCAGUUUCGGAAUCAAUACUCUAUCUUCCAAGUGCUAGCAGCAGAACAGAUAAUUAUGGCCUAAUUAAUCGUGGCUCUCGUUAA